UGAAAGGAUCCAGCGACCUUAUAGCUGUGAUGUAUGUGAGAAGAGUUUCACUCAAUCAGGAAACUACGACGACACCCAAAGAUACACACAGGAGAGAGACCCGUAUGUCUGUCCUAUAUGUGGGAAGAGUUUCCGUAUGUCAGGAACACUGACUAGACACAAAGAAACACACACAGGAAGAGAAACCAUAUGGCUGUGCCUAUAUGUGGAAAGCGUUUCCGUACAUUCAGGACAAUUGACUAUACACAAGCGAACACACACUGGAGAGAAAGCCUUAUAGCUGCGAAUCAAUGUGGGAAGGGAGUUUUACUCAACGCUUGUUCCCUGACUGAACACAAGCGAACACACACUGGCGUGACGUUCCACUGCUCAGACUGUGAGAAGAGCUUCCCUACAUCAGUGAAGUUGAAAACGGCACCAGCAAACACCACAGGAGAGAAACCUUAUCGUGUAUCAAUGUGGGAAGAGUUUUGCGAGAGCUUUAUUCCCUGACUGAACACAAGCUAACACACACAGGAGAAGAAACCAUUGUCUGUGAUCAAGUGGGAAGAGAUUUACUAAACUCAGGAACACUGACUUUUCAUAAGCAACACACACUGGAGAGAAACCUCGUAGCUGUGCUAUAUACAGCUGUAAGCACUGUGAGUGGAGUUUUGCUCAUUCAGAAGACCUAGCAAGACACCACCAGAGAAAACACAUGUGGGAGGGUAUUCAUGUCUGUGAUCAAUGUGGGAAGAGUUUUGCUAGUUCUGGAGACCUGAAUAUACACAAGCGUAUACACACAAGCGAGAAACAAUAUUUCUGUGAUCAGUGUGGAAAGAGUUUUUCUAGUUCGGGAAACCUGAAUAUACACAAGCGUAUACACACAGGCGAGAAACCAUAUGUCUGUGAUCAAUGUGGGAAGAGCUUUGCGUCAUCAGGAUUCCUGACUAAACACAAGCAUAUACACACCGGAGAGAAACCUUACAGUUGUGAACAGUGUGAGAAGAGAUACGUUUCCAAAGGAGAGUUGAGAACCCACCAGCUUGCACACCCCAGAGAGAACUCUCUUUUCCUGUGCGAUCGAUGUGGGAAGAGCUUCACACACAUGGGAUCCCUCAAUGUACACAUGCGUAGGCACACAGGAGAGAAACCGUACCGCUGCGAUCAAUGUGGGAAGAGCUUUAUUCAGCCAGUAGAAUUGAAAAUGCACCAACGAGUGCACACUGGAGAGAAACCCUACAGCUGUGAUCUAUGCAGGAAGAGAUUCGCUCAGUCAGGACUGCUGACUGUACACAAGAGAACACACACUGGAGAGAAACGUUUUAAAUGUGAUAUAUGUGGGAAGAGAUUCGCUCAGUCAGGAAACCUGAAGAGUCAUCAGAAAACCCACACAGGCGGAGAGAGAACCCGCACAGUCGGAGAGAGAACCCGCACAGGCGGAGAGAGAACCAACACAGGUGGAGAGAAAAUCCCCACAGGUGGAGAGAGAAGUCAUUCAGACAGAGGACUGAAUCACCUCCACACCUCUAUCCUCUCAGGCAUCAGUUCUCAUGAUCCCUCUGUCGACUCUGGGUAAACAUCUCAGGAUCCCUCUGUGGACUCUGGGUAAACAUCACAGGAUCCCUCUGUAGACUCUGGGUAAACAUCACAGGAUCCCUCUGUGGACUCUGGGUAAACAUCUCAGGAUCCCUCUGUAGACUCUGG